GUUGGCAUUUCAAAAUUGUUAUUGUAUUGAAAAAAUGUAUCUCGAUGAAACAGUAGAAAAUGAUGGACCCUAUUGUCCAAAAUUGAAUCGAAACCGAUGGGAAAGUUACAGUAAUUACAGACUUGUUCUAUGGGCAUGGAUGAUGAACGAAUUAACAGUAAUGUUCUGCCCUGUUUCGAUAUCACAUAGUGGAUUUUAUGCACAAGCAGCACUGCAAAUGCUAGCAGUAAUCUUGAUCGGGAUGCCGCUAGCGUAUUCGGAGAUCUGUUUGGCUCAGUACACGAAUAGCAAUAUAUUUACCAUGUGGAAUUUCUUUCCACUAUUUCGCAAUGUGGGAUACGGGACAUUAUUUUUGAUUUUGUUGAAAACAAUAUAUUUGCUUGUUUUAACAUCUUGGUAUUUGAUUUACACAUUUUACUCUGCCUUGGACGUCCCGCCCUGGCUUAGUUGCAAUGACUUCGGAAAUUCAAAAUGUAUGGUGAAACGGGUAAAUGUUUCUGUUUUCCAACAUUGCCUGGAAGCUCAAAUUUUAUUUGAAGACGAUUGUGGCAUGAAGACAGCGAGCAACUGCUUCUUCGAGCGCGAAAUAGGCGGAAACUGUACAUUGGAACUUGGAUUCUAUUGCCUAUUUCCUUGGAAAACAAUUGUGGCUCUAUUAACAAUAUGCGGAUCAGUUUAUGUGUUAUCAAUCAAAAAUGAAAGAAUGAUUCAAAUCGUUGUGAAGUUGGCCGCAUUUUACGUUUGUGCUGUGAUACUUAUUUUAUUUUGUGUGGCAUUGUCGACAAGCGGAACGUGGUAUGCUUCCAAAUGUACUGUAAACUGGAAUAAUUAUACAUUUGUCAAUUGUUAUAGGACAAUUACGAGAGGGUUUCUUUCGGUUGGCACUGGAUAUGGUAUUAUACAUUUCUUAACAAGGGAUGUAGCUUUUCGUAGUCCAGCCACGAUGACAGCUAUAAGCACGCCAUUAUUUUCACUAUUUGUUUCAUUUAUGCUGGCACUUAUUUCGUUCAGUGGAAUCAAAACGAUGUCGUAUUAUCACGGAGAAGAAGAAAAUGUUAUAGAAUUAGGAACCAGCCCAUUCUUUGCAAUGUUUGCAUCAAUGUCGGAAAUUUUGAGUUAUUUCGAUGCUUUACCAAUUUGGGGAUUUUUGUGGUUUUCAACUGGUUUCUUCUGUCUUUAUAUAAACUUUUGGAUAUUAUAUUUGUUUUUAAAAGAAUUUAUGCAAAUCAAUGAGGUAGCCAGGACAUAUACAAAACUUUCUUGUUUGUUUCUGUUUGUUUUUCUUCUGACUUGUACCCUCCCAUUCCUAUGUUCUGACAUUACAGCUACACUGUCAGACGCAACAGAACUUAUUCAAUCAUUUAAUUCCUUGUUGUUUUCUGUCGCUUUGUAUUGGAUCUAUGGCAUUCACAAACACACCGUAGACAUAGUAUUUAUGAUAGGAAUCAAAACGAAUCAUUUCUUAAAGGUAACUUGGUUUUUGAAUCCGAUUUUAAUAUCUAUUAUUUUGUAUGCUCGCUGCAAAAUAAUCGAAACUUAUGAGUACGAGGAGUCAUAUCACAUUGAAUCAAUAUCUACGACCAGUGAUUAUCUGAUAUUGUACAUACUAUUGAGUAUUUAUGGCUUUAUUAUAGUCGCCGGAUUAGUGGUACAAAUGUUCCAUUACAUUCGUUCUGGUAAUUUUCGUGGGCUAUUUAGGGCCGAAGAGUCAUGGGGUCCUACAGAUCGAGUAUUGCGCCGCAGCAGAAGAAUGUUUGUGCCAGAAAUAAUGACGAGAGAGUUCCUGUAUCGACAAGUUCGUAUUCGUGGUUACUAUAAGGGGAAGGAACAGGGAAAGGAGAGAAGUGAGCAACGUUUGGGUGAGCUGAUUGAAGACCAGCUAGCCUGGAACGCAAUGAUGUCUAGCUAGUCUGUUGAACUUUGUUUAAUAUCAACCUUACCUGGCUU